UAUUAAGUUGAUUUUGCUAACGUGUUUACAUAAAAAUGCAAAUAGCCUACUGUCAUGCCAUUGAUGGGAUACUGUGGAGAGUUUGGAAGUUAUGAUGUGGUGGCAGCUGUGGCUGGAGGCGUGUCCACAGGGCUCCUCCUUCUUCUCCUGCUUGCAGUCUCCGCCUACCUGCUCUGGGUGAGGAGGAGGAGGAGGCGGAGUCAGAGGCAGAGCUGGCAUCCAGAAAUUGUCUCGACCCCGCCCGCUGUCCCAUCAUGCACCUCUCCUCUUGCUUUGAGUAUGCAGACGAGCAGACGUGGACACAGCUCACGGGCGAUCCCCUUCUUCCUCCCUCCACGCUUUAAGAGCUGGCCGCAUGCGAGUCUUCAGGAGGAGGACGAGGAGCAGGAGGAAGAGCAGGGGCCCACGCAGCAUCAUGCCCCCUGGAGCUCAUGGACAGCUGGGAGGUCCGUCCCCCUGGGCAACCUGAGGCCUGACCUGUACCAUGUCCCUGAGGAGCCCAGUGAGUGGGCUCCCCCUACUGGCGGCACGGUGCGCCUGUGGUUUGCGGUGGAGUACCAGCAGGAGAGGGAACAGCUGGUGGUCUCGCUGCUGCGCGCCGCCAACCUGCCCGCCCGUUGCCACGGCAACGCCACGCUGGUGAGGCUGCAGCUGCUGCCCGACGACCGCCGCCAUCGGCAGGCCAAGGCCAAGCGCAAAGGUCGUGACCCCAAAUUCAAUGACAGCUUCAUUUUCCAGGUAUCCCGUGGCUGUGUGGAUGAGUGUACUCUGAGCCUGUCGGUGCUGAGUGUGGACCGUCUGAAGAAACAUCAGCUGGUCGGCCGUGUCCUGCUCCCUCUGAGAUGGGCGGAGCUUAGGGAGGCAGCUGGGAAAAUCAUGUGGAGGGACCUGGAGACCGAGAAUGGACAGCCCUACUCAAAGCACGGAGAUGUCCAGGUGUCUCUGAACUACAACGCGCAACUGCAGCGCCUCACGGUGGUUGUUCUGAGGGCUCGCGGACUGCCCCUGCAAGCCGAGGCAGGUGUGUGUGUGCAGGUAAGUCUUCAGCUGCACAUGCAGGUGGUCCGCACAAAGAAGACAGCGCUGGCCAGAGGGAGUGAGCCCACCUUCAACGAGAAGCUCACCUUUAAGCUCCUCCCCCCGCAGAUGGAUGAGGCCUCCCUCAGCCUGCAGGUCCAGAGGGCGAGUGCCAUUGGGCCAGUUUCAUUGGGAGUGGUCGUCAUCGGGCCCAUCAUGUACGCCAGGGGUCGAGAACUGGAGCACUGGAACGACAUGGUCAGCAAACCACAGGAGCUGGUCAAACAGUGGCACGGCCUGGGAACGGGAAAGACAAUACAAAACUCAAGUUGACCUGGGAGAACAAAACUAUCCCCUUACAGGCAUGACCCCCAAAUGAUAACAAGCAGCUAUCUGUACCCCUGUCAUGGUUAUGAGAAAAGCUUGGGGCACAUUCUGUGUAAGGCUAUUUAGUCUACGAGAGAAGCAUUACAUUCAAGGACUCAUGCUGUUAUUGAGGA